AUGAAAAGAAUUCAGAAAAUUAGCAUAUUUACCCCAUUCGUGCUGGCAAUAAUUGGUCUAUUAAGCAAUGAAUUAAGACCAUUUUUUGCCCCUAUUUCGAUAUUAUGUGGGGCUGAAACUGUAGGAAAUAAUACGAGCAAUAAAAUAAAUAAUAGUAAUAUAGUUGAUACUAACAACUAUUGGGGAAACCCAUAUAAUAAUGCACAUAAUAACAAAGCACAUAAAAAAUGGUGGAGUGAUAAUUGGGAAGGAGAAUCAAAAGAUGGUAUAGUUUUAAAAGAUUCGAUCGAUACAAUUUUAGCAUUUACUUCUACAAAAAAACGUGAUAUUGUACUUAAACAUAUUGAUGAAUUAUUAAGUGGUAGAUAUAAUGAUUUAAAUCCAAAAAGAGUAUUAAUUAGAAUAUCAAAUAUAUUGAAAAACGGAAAUGUCGAAAGUUUGUGUAAUGCUAAUAAAUCAUUUGUUGUAAUUGGUUUACCACAUGUUAUAUUUAAUUGCGAUAUAUUUUAUGAUAUAAAAUUAGAGACCAUAAAUAUAUUAAUUAAAAAUAUAAUAAAUAAUUUAAGUGAAUGUGAAUAUAAUGUACAAGGUAAUAAUACAUCAUUUAUAACAGAUGGUUGUGUAUCCCAAUCUGAUCGAGAUAUAAUUUAUGGACAAAUUGACAAAACUGGAACAAGAGUAAGAUCUAAAAUGGAGCCAAGUAAUUUCUUUUAUGAUGCUAUGAUGCAUUGUUCUGUUGAUAAUUUGGGAUCGGGUGAAAAAACAAUGGCUUGUGUUCAAAAAGAAUUAUUAAUAAAAAAUGUACAAUUAUCAAGUACUUGUGUAGAAUGCUUUAAAGAUUCUGUUGAUUGCGGAAAAUCAAAUUGCUGGUUGAAAUGUUUAUUUGGAAACCCAUGCUCAAAUAAAUGCUAUAACUGUGGUGUAUCAUAUUGUAACGCUGAUUUAGUCAAAUGUACAGGACUUAAUGAUCUUCCCCCUGCCUGUAUAUAA